AUGAAAUUUAUCUCCUAUUUGAGUGUCACUGUUGGGAUAUUUUUCUCUGCUCCGUCAUCUGCGCAGAAAGAAGACCAUGCUCCCUAUUUGGUAUACCUCAAGUCUCACUUCAACCCCUGUGUGGGUGUCCUCAUCAAAACCAACUGGGUGCUGGCCCCAGCUCACUGCUACUUACCAAAUCUGAAAGUGAUGCUGGGAAAUUUCAAGAUCAGAGUCAGAGAUGGGACAGAGCAGACAAUUAACCCUGUCCAGAUUAUCCGCUAUUGGAACUAUAGUCAUAGCUCCCCCCAGGACGACCUCAUGCUCAUUAAGCUGGCUAAGCCUGCCACCCUCAACACCAAAGUCCAGCUCCUUUCCCUCGCCACCAGCAACUCCAGGCCAGGCACCGUCUGUGUGAUUUCAGGUUUGGACUGGAGCCACGACAACAGUGGCCGACACCCUGAUUUAAGGCAGAACCUGGAGGCCCCUGUGAUGUCCGAUAAAGAGUGCCAGAAAACCGAACAAGGAAAAAGCCACAGGAACUCCUUGUGUGUUAAAUUUGUGAAAGUGUUUAGCCGAAUUUUUGGGGAGGUGGCUGUCGCUACUGUCAUCUGCAAAAACAAGCUCCAGGGAAUCGAGGUCGGACACUUCAUGGGAGGGGAUGUCGGCAUCUACACCAAUGUUCACAAAUACAUACCCUGGAUUGAGAGCGUCACUAAAGAUAAAUGA